AUGGGGUGGAACGGGCCGGAGGGGGGGACGCGUGGGGCAGACGCGGGGAGAAGGCGGGAAGGGGCGGGGGAGGUGGGCAGUAAGACAACGGCGGCGUCGUUCAGCUUUGCCAAGCAAGUUCCUUGGAGGAGCUGGUUCUCGGAUGCGUCGACGAGAGCGUUGGGGGGGGUUUGCAUGGAAACGAGGGUGUUCUGGAGGUACGAGUUGCCGAUGGAGGUACAAGGAAGGACGGUAUGGGCGAGGCAGAAGGGAGAAGGGGACUUAUGUGCAUAAACGUGCUAGCAGUGAUGGCGAUGGUGAUGACGGCGUAUAUGAUGGUAAUUUCGUGGGGGGAAAGACCGGAGCGGGAAGGAGAGGCGAUGAUGAUGAGGGCGGACAACGAGAGCGCC